AUGUCUCGUUUGGUGCACAUCCUGCGGGCCGGUAGACUUCCUUACAAGCGAGCCUUAAAACUUCAGCAAACCAUCGCAAACCAAUUACUCCAGCAGGCAAACCAUGCACAAGACACCAACGUUCAAAUGCCACCCUAUCGCAAUGUUCUUAUUCUAACCGAGCAUGAUCCGGUGUACACCAUCGGUAUAAGGACCCGGGGAUACGACGAAUUGGAGGAACAACGGUUACGCACACUUGGCGCCGAUUUUGUGCGCACAAAUCGUGGCGGACUAAUAACGUUCCACGGUCCUGGACAGCUGGUUGCUUAUCCCAUUCUCGACCUGAAACACUUUCAACCAAGCGUCCGCUGGUAUGUCUGUCAUCUCGAGCAAACUAUUAUCGAGCUGUGCAGGCGGUACGGCUUGCGGGCCCAAACCACUGCCGACACAGGCGUAUGGAUCGAGGACAGGAAGAUUUGUGCGUUGGGAAUCCACGCCAGCCGGUACGUAACAACGCACGGACUCGCAUUAAACUGCAACAUCGAUCUAAGCUGGUUCCGGCACAUCAUACCGUGUGGAUUAGUCGGCAAAUCGGUCACUUCGUUAGCGCAGGAACUAAACCGUCCGGAGUUGAAUGUUGAGAGCGUUACAGGUGAAUUUCUCGACUGUUUUCGGCACAAGCUUGAAUGUGAUUUAAUCCCGCUAGAGGAAGAGUGCAGAAAGAAACUAAUCGAUGGACUUUAAGGCGUUCAUCAGCUAUUUUUGACUCAGGCAUUCGUUUAAUUAAAAGAUAUAUUUAAUUAUUGCUGUAUGUUUUAGCGUUAAUAAAUUGUACACAUCAUCAUUGAUAAUAA